AAAUGAAUAACAGAGAUCUAUCUAAACAAAAACAGAGUCGUCCAGCAGGUAGUUUCCUCCAGGAGAGCAGCACAGCAACAUCUCCACAACAGUCAUGAGGUCAGCACUGCAUUGUCUCCUGCUGUUCUCAGCUCUGUGGACUCUCUCCUUCUGUGGAACUCGUCAGUUUCAUGUGGUGAACAACAAACUGAACUGGACUGAAGCUCAGAAAUACUGCAGAGAGAACUUCACUGAUCUGGCAACCAUUGAGAACCAGGAGGAAAUGGAUGCUGUAAAAGCUGCUGUUAAUGGGACAUCAGGUCAUUUCUGGAUUGGACUGAGACAGAUUCCUGAACAGCAAGACGGAAGCUGGAUCUGGUCAGAUAAGAGUAACCCCUCAUACACAGACUGGAACACUGGAGAACCAAACAGCCCUGAGAAAGACAACUGUGUGGAAUUAUGGAGUGAAAGUGAAUACAGAUGGAAUGAUGCAGGCUGUACAUAUCCAAGUCCAUUUGUCUGCUAUAAAGAGAUUCCUCUGAUCCUGAUUAAAGAGAAGAAGACAUGGAGAGAAGCUCUGAAAUACUGCAGAGAGAAUCAUGUGGACCUGGUCUCUGUUCACACUGAGGAAAUUCAGCGCUGGGUGGAGAUUGUUACCAGAAAAACCUCCACUGAUAAUGUGUGGGUGGGUCUGCGUCACACCUGUGACCUGAAGUUCUGGUUCUGGAUGAGUGGAGAGUUCCUCUGCUACCAGAACUGGGCUCCAGGGAACGGGAUGGGAGUGGAGGACUGCAGGAAUGGAGAAAGAUCAGGAGCGGUUCAGUCUGGAAGUAAGCAGUGGAUCAGUCUGCUGGAGAACCAGAGCCUCAACUUCAUCUGCAUUACAAAAUAAUACAAUUUGAGGAUUUUAACUAAUAUAUCUGUCUAAAAAUUAACCCUGUA